AUGUCCAGUUCCAGCGGCAGCGCAGUCAACGUCAAUGACGGCAACUCUUCCUAUUCGUCUGUGGGUGGGGGUGGGGACGGAGAUGUUUUGACAAAGUGCGAGGCUUUUGUUAUUUAUCAUGAGGGGAAGACCUUGCAGCUGCACUGGCAGGGAGUGCCGUCAUUAACACGAUCGCCCGCUGUGCGCCUUUGCAGCCUGGCACCUCCGCAGCACCCCCACCACCCUCAGCCAGAGGAAACCAAUUGCCUGUUUCUCCUCACAGCCGAUAACUCACUGUAUUUAGGCAAACUACUCUUAAAGAAGACGACGAUUGAGUUUCAACUGUUACGCAUUGAUGUCAUCGAUGUGGCCUUUUGCCGCGGCACCCAGGAACUGUUUGUGGUUACCAAAGAUGGCGCAGUACAGCGUCAGUGUAUUGUAAACCAAACCUGCCGACCAGGCGCUUGGCAAACGCUUGAUUUCGAUCCCUUAGGACUGUGUGCGGAUGGCGUUCGAAUAAGGCGCGUGUGCUGCACGGCUCAAGGUGCAGUCUUUGUGAGCACCAGUGGAUGCUAUGUUAUGGGCACCUGUGGCGAUGUGUUCAAUGCGGAAUCGGAGCCUUUCCAAAUGCGCCUCUAUGACGAGGGCAAAGAACUAGUUGACUUGGUAGCCGGCGAUGAGCAUUUCGUACUUCUGGUGGCGCCUCAGAAUACUGGAGAAGAUCUGUUGCAGCUGCCCAGCUCUAAAGAGGACCGAGAGGCUUUGGGUGGCUCACAAGGUGCUUGUAGCAGCUUGAUGGAGCAUAUCAGUGGAGUAUCGUCAAUGGCCACCCUUGACCGCGCGUCAGUGAAAUCCUUAAGCAGCGCCACCGAUAGCAACCAUACCGAACGAAGCUUUGCUGCCAACGCGCGCUUUCUUCUGCACCAGGGCUAUGCUCUGCUCCACACCCAACUUUUAACAUUUGGCGCCUCCAACAACGGCCUUUUGGGUGUAGGUGAUCAUAUAAGACGCGAUAACGUAACACGCGUGCAAAAACUUGAGAACAUGGGCGUUUGCAGCAUUGGUGCUGGACGCGAGCACACGGUGGCACGUACUUUGGAUGGACGUCUCUACCAUUGGGGCUUAAAUAGUCGCAUGCAAUUGGGCAUUGAUGGCGAGGAUCUCAGCGUACCCACGGAAAUCACCAUUAGCGAUCAGACACCAUUGCCUAAGGAGGAACAUAUGGCACUAGAGGCUUGCUGUGGCGACUACCGCACGAUAUUACUCAAUGCCAGUGGCCACAUUCAGACGCUGCCGCCCAAGCAACAGUCCACCUACGCCCAAACGGUUCUUCAUCUGCAACUCGGCGCAGCCUGGCCAUUGCAGUUAAGACUGCUUCACAGCGCUGGAGGAUUUACGUUGCAUAAUCAUCGCCAGUUUCAGCGUCAAUACCAUUAUUAUCUGAGUCAUUUGCAGUCGCAGAUGCAGCUAUUGCUCAAGGAUCGAGUGGCGGUGCUAACGCUCCAGAUGUGGCAGCGUCAGUCGGCGGCGGUCCCUGCUCUGAAAGCUCUCGAGCCUCUGCUGGUUAACUGGGAGCGCAUGCUGUGCCUAUUAACCGCAUCACUCCACUCGCUUGAAGGCUACUAUCGGGCGGACUAUGUCCAAGCUGCGGAUCUGCUAUUUGUGUGCUAUCAUCGGGAAUACAUCGAGCUCUUGCACGGAUAUGUUAAGAGCUAUUGCGACAUCUAUUCGGUUGAUGGUUUUGGAGAUGCUGUCAGAGCUAUAGACUUGCUGCCCAGCCCGCUAGCUGAACUCAAGGAAGAAAGUUUUUUGACACGUCUGUUUCAGCAGCCAUUUCACAUCUAUCAGGUGUUCAUACAGUUCAUGGAGAUGCUGGUCAAAAGGCAGCCCGAGUACCAGGAGCAUCGUGUAGCCUGGGCCGAGUUCGCAAGUCAAAGCUGCAUUAGCCAAGAGCUGGCCGUCAGUACAAAAGAGUUCUGGAGCAAUGAGCGCAAUCAGCGCAUACAGCAUUUCCGGCGACGUCAGCGACGCGUUAUACUCACGUCCUCGAUGGUGCCGCUAAAGCUCGCAAGCAUUAGCAUGUCCAGCACCACCUUUAUACUCUUCUCCGACUGCCUAUGCCAGGUCGGAGGUCACUCUCUUUACACAUAUCCGCUGACCACCCUCUGGGUGCGCCAGGAGGGUGAGACGGGACUGUGUAUCACGACACCCGAGAAAAGCUUUUCGCUACAGACGCGCACGCAUGAAAAUCGCAAAGUCUGGUACGAUCAGCUACAGUCCAGCAUUUUGGCUGCAUUGGGUCGACCAAGGGACAGCAGAGUGCCGAGCGUGCGUUGCACCAGCUACGAAUAUAGCCGAGAUCAUCCUAAAUACGCGAAAGUCAAGGCCUGCGGUAAUUGGCGCAAGGGUGUCUUGCAAGGCAACUGCUAUCUACAAUACCCCGAUGAGAGUGUGUACUUCGGAAGCAUUUUAAAUGGCGUUAUCGAAGGUCAUGGGAAAAUGGUUAUUCCAUCAAAUGGAGUAUAUGUGGGUAGCUUCAAAGGCGGACGCUUUCACGGCCACGGUAGCUACGAGAUGAAUGGCAACGAAGUCUAUGAGGGUAAUUUUUUUGAGGGUCUUUUCCACGGACAUGGCACGUUUCGCAGCAAUCGUUAUAUAUAUGUGGGAGAAUACCAGGCCAAUGUACGCUGCGGCUAUGGUGUUUUGGAGGACCUGCAGACCGGUGACAAAUACAUGGGAAUGUUUGCGGAUAACAAGCGCAUGGGGGUGGGCAUAUGUAUCACGGGCCGUGGAGACUACUUUGCUGGUACCUUCAUUGGAGACGAGCUCAUGAGCACUGGUGUGGCGGUCUUCGAAAACGAGUACUAUUACGAGGGUGAACUAACGCUGCGUGGACCAAACGGUAAGGGCGAGUAUUAUAUGCCCAAUGGCGCGGUUCUAAAACUUGAGGAUCAGCUAAGCUCUCGGGUGAUCGGAGAAGAAGAUAACUACGAGCUGAGUGGCAACAAGAUGAUCGGUCAGCUGAGCGGCAGUUGGAAACAAGUUCGCAUACAAGCCGGCGAGCUGUGCCUUAAUCGACGUUUUCCCAAAUACCCACAAUCGAUUGAAAAGUUUGUCGUAGACAAUAACCGGAAGUGGCGAGCGCUCUUCACUAAUUUCGAGUCGGAACUAGAGAAUUACAAUGCGAAUAUAAAUACAAGUGGGACUGGAAAGAAACAAUCCAAAGCGCCUUUGAGUACAACCCAGCUCUGGAACUGCAUUAGCGCCUACAUGAGCAGACAGCACGCCCGCGAAGUGUCCGAGCUACAGCGGGACACAUCGUUCUUUGAGCGUAACAUUCUUCUGAGCUUCGCAAACAGCAGUUUCGACAAGUUGCCUCAGAAGACGGCACCAAUAAAGAAUCACGCAUUGGACCUGCUCUCACCGCCACGACGCAUUCAGUCGCAGGAGGCUUUAUGCAGUAAGGAUGCAUUGCAGCGCGCAGACAGUUUACUCUCAAUGGGGCACAAUAGAGUGGCCAGUGGGGAUUGCGAUCUAAAUGUGGGCUCAUAUGCUGCGACUUUUCCGCUGGAUAAUGGAUUGCUCAGUAGCAGCUUCAAUGGCGAUCCUACGAGAUCGUCGCAGAGUACUUUAAAUGGAAGUUGCAGCAGCAUUCCCAACAACAACAAUGUCUCAAAACCAAAUAACAAUAACAACAGUAGUUGCUCAAUUGCCUCAACAUCGACCACGCUGGAAAUGGUGCCUAGCUUUGGCAUGGGUUCUACCCUCAGCAAUGAAGAUGUAAAUGCCAUUAGCCUGUACUUAGAACAAGCAUUCAAGGACCGCCACCAUCCGCUCUAUGCACUGAACGAACGCGUUGCGAAUUGCUUUCACUAUUCAUAUGGGUACUGGAAGGUGAAACCGACAUCUAUUUUGGCCAAGCAGGCGAUGCGUGAAUGGGAAUCGAUCUCAAAGCGAAUGUAUCGAUUUGUGCGCAUGAUGUUUCCUGCACUACCCGUAGAUUACUGUUAUUUGGAGGGCUCCACUGAGGUCGUCUCACAUAUAACUCUACUCUAUCCUUUAGUGCUCUCUGAAGGCAUCUACUCCACCCUUUUCGUGCUGUACGCCAAUAAAUACAGCGCCAAGGAUGAGAUGUACAGGCAGAAUGUGAACUAUGUAGACAGACUACAAAACGAGGAUCUUAUCGAACUGCUGGAGCUCGAACGUAACCUCAAUGCUGUGAUGAGCGACGCCUACUUUGACGAAGCCAUACAAAUGCUAAAGCAGCUGCAGGAAAAGUUCAGCCCCAAGAGCAUGCUAACUGUGAUACAAGAGUGCAUGAAACUUCUAACCGAUGCCUACAAUAGCGCCACGGCUGACAAUUCGGAGCAGGUGAAUGGCGAUAACAUGAUACCCCUUACUAUGCUGGCAGUGCUGCGUGCUGCCGUGCCACAUUUGGGGGCGGAACUGGCGCUACUUGAAGAUCUCACGGAUGGCGCCAAUUUUAAGGCUGAAAUGAGCGGCCUGGCGGGCUACUGCUACACAACACUGAAGGCGGCCUACGAGCAUGUUACCUCAAAAGCGCUGCAAAAGACACCCUGAACUUCAGACCCUGAACGAUUAGGUGAUUUGAGACGGAUCGAGAAAGUGAUUCGAAUUGGGACGGUGUAAAUGACUUGUUGUUGUUAUUAUUGUUAUAGCUUUUUAUGCAACGAUCAGUUCAAUGUUAGUUUAAACAUACUACAUACCCAAAGGUGUACCUAAAAUGUUUAUUUAUAUACAUAUAUAUAUGCACUUAGUAUGUAAUUGUAUCCUAUGUUCAAGUCAUCGUAUAUAUUAUGCAGUCGUAUGUAUUUUUCGUUAUGUAUUUAUGAAUGACUGCGCUGUUAUAAAUUUUGGUCGAAACCUAACACAUUCCCACAAUUUGCUAUAGAAAUAAACUAACCAUAUAAACUACCGACA